AUGUGCCGAGGCUACCAGGAAGUCACUCACCUUCCGGACGGCCGCAUCAUCGCCGUCUCCACCUAUGGAGGGUGCUUGGUCUUGGUUACCCACAAUGGUGAAGGGGUUACCGACACCAAGAUUCUCUACAAGAGCAAGUUUGACGAAAAGACGAAGCCUUUUCCUGCAGGUACUGGCGCCAUCGACCAGAUCAACGCAACCGCGUACUUGUUCAACGACCAGAGCGCCAAGACGUUGAAUAUUCUGGAUACGGAGAAAAAUACAACCACACAGGUCAAACUGCUAAACGGACUUGACCAGACCGGAGACGAUGGCCUCGCUGUCCCCAAGAGAUUCCAGGGCAAAUGUGCCGUCGUCGCUGCAGCAUCGGAAGGCUGGUUUUUCUGGUGCUCGAGGGAUGGUUGGCAUUCAGCCGAACUUAUCGACACAAUUGAGAACAAGUACGCCAACGGUGGUGCAGGAGAGGGUGACUUAGCGACGAAGAACGGGUCGUCCACUGCUAUAUACGAGAUUGCUGCUCAGGGCGAAACCGGCGGAGAUGGCAACAGUCUUAUUUUCGGGAACUACGAGUUCUUCAUGGACGCUCCCCUCGGCCCAAACAACGAGACAAUACAAGGAACGAGGACCAAGUUCCCCCAGGAGGACCUGACUAGCCGGCUGGCUAAAUUCUACGAGAAAUUCCAGUCUGGUGCUGCAAGCCAAGUGACAGAAGGUUGA